AGCCACAAUGUCUCUCCACCCAAAUGACCGGGACAAGAGAUCCUUCAAAAUGUUCCGGAAAAUGAAGACUCCUUCCGCCUCCCCAUUUAUAUCCCGUAAGGACAAAACAUCCGACAAAAGUUCCCUUAAAUCAGCUGACAUAGAUUCAAUGAAAUCCUCCGAAUCCGAACUAGCAGAUCCAGAAAAAACUCCAGACUUGAAAGUGAAAAGAUCAGCCAAAUCGCCCAAAUUCAAAUCCAGCUCACUCCGCAAGCUUUUCAAAAAACCUCUCUCAAAACGGAGCAAAUCAACUCCGUCCAGCGACGUGAGCGAGACAGAAGUAUCCUUUAACCACAUCAUCUGUAGUACUCCACUUAUAAACCCGGUCCCUAACGACACUAGCUCCGUGAUCACGGUAACCCCUGACAACAGCGCGGCUGGGACCCCAACACGUGCUAUAUCUAAACCUGUUUCCAUCAGCAUAGCCGCAGCUAACAGUCGACUUGAGAGGAAACGGGAUCAGACUGACCGGUCGGAUGAAAGUGGGAUAUUUUCACCCUCAUUCCUGGAGGACCAAUACGCUCCAGAUCAGAAUGUGUUCUCCCCUCCUCUCGAGGAACCGUUCACUCCUCCGGGCGUUUUUAAACAGAACGAGUUAGAAUACACCCCACCUACUGCCUUUAAGUCAGAACCAUAUCUAAACGAGGUGGUGGGCGAGGGUUCUCCCAGCGACCCGAUGUUACAGAGGGAGGGUAGUAGUGAUAAACUGUUUAGAAGGUUGAGAAUCCCGGCUAUCGAGCUGACUGAACCGGGGAUUAAGCCGGGGCUUGGUAACCUUGGUAACCACGUCGCCGCUGAGAGUAACUACAGUCUGGCUGAUACUAAGUCCGUUGACUCUCUAAGAGAUGAGGAGUUCGUAUCAUCACCACUGUCGAACAAAGCGAACAAAGGAAAAGCAGCACAUCUAAAGUGGAACCGUACAGAGUGGAAAUAACAGUGAUCAGUAGUGCUAGCCUGGCCUCUAGAGACUCCAAUGGAGUAGGCUCGCCCAUGCCUUGGUCAAAUGCUGCCGAUAGACUAAGUGAUCCAUACUGUAAGAUAAAAGUAGGGUUACAGAGGGCUAGAACGAAAGUCUGUCCAAAGAAUCUCAAUCCUCUGUGGGAAGAGAAAUUCAGUUUUGUUGUAGAGACCCUCGAUGAAACAAUCAGAUUUAAGGUGAUGGACUACGACAGAGGGUUCAGGGAUGAUCUGAUUGGUUACUACGAAAUGAAGCUAUCAUUUUUUCCUCUAGACGACUACCAGACAUUUGCAGAAGAAUUAACGGACGACAGUGGUACAGAGGAUCUGGGCAGUAUUAAAUUCUCCAUUCACAUUUCCUCAGACCUGAGCCAUACUCCGCCUCCAGACGUCCAAGAGGCUAGCAUAUCAAGCAGUCCCCCAAUAACGCCGCCAGCACUCAAGAAACUGGUCAGAAAACCGACAGCGUACGACAACAUGGUCCAUAGGUUCCUGGGGGGCGACCAGAAGCAGUCGGAGUCGGAGUAUGGAAGCGAAAGUGGCUCUCCGGGCGAAAGUGCCGGCUGCAUAACCACACAAAUCAAGCGGAGAAAAAUGGAUGAGCGAGAAGUGCCCAGAUCUACCUCCCCCUUCCAAGAGAAACACCUUACAGGGAUCCUAUCCAUCACCCUGGUAGAGGCCUCUAACCUGCGACCCAUGAACAAGGAUGGUAGUAGCGACCCCUACUGCAAGUUCAAACUGGGGCAUCAGAAACAUAAGAGCAAGGUGUUACGCCGGACACUGGAUCCGGUAUGGAAAGAAAGGUUCGAGAUCAGAGUUUACAGUGACAGCAGCAGUAUCCUAGAGAUAUCAGUUUACGAUUACGAGGAGUUUGGUUUCUCAGACAAUUUCAUCGGCAGUAUCGAAGUUGACAUAGUAGAGUUCGAGGAGAGUAAGACGUACAAAAAAGAGCUUGAACUGGAGAAGAACGGUGGUAGAUUAGUCUGCAUUUUCAACUUGUCUCGGAUUGACGAGAGUUCAGCUGACUCCAGUUGUGAGAUUUCACCUGACGAUCUAAUCGACAUCAGGAAAACUUAUGCAAUGUCCUACAACCCGCUGAAUUACCUGACCUACAAGUGGGAAGAUGUUGAGGAUGUUGGGGUUCUUAUCGUUAAAAUAAUCAAGUGCAUUGAUCUACCUGAAGCAGAUACCAUCAUAGGUUCGUCGGAUCCGUUUUGUUUUAUCGAAGUAGAAAACACGCGAGUACGGACUCCUACCCUUUACAAAACCCAAGAUCCUGUGUGGAACAAGCAAUUUAAAUUCAAUAUUAAAGACAUACACAGUACGUUGAAUAUACGAGUUUUCGACGAAGAAAAGAACAAGUAUAAUUUUCUGGGUUGUGUUAAACUUCCUAUAUUGGAAGCUCACACCAUACACAGAUGCUUGCUAAAAGACAGGAAGUUGGAAAGAGUAGGAUUUGGAGAGAUAUUCUUAGAGACAGAGCUGAUUUACAAUCCUCUCAGAGCAGCCAUUAAAACAUUACUUCCUGCCGAGGAAAACCUUCUUUACGAGGAACCAAAGUUCAAGCGAAAUCUCUUUAUGCAGAAUUUUAAGAGAGUGUAUGCGCUAUCGACAGUAGUUCUCUCCCUGGGUCUGUGGGCUCAGAGGAUCUACAAUUGGGAAAACAAGGCUAAAUCAGCUAUUGCACUAUUAUUGUACAUACUCGUAGUGGUUUCGUUCGAGUUGUACAUGGUUCCAAUGUUCGCUGCUUUUGUCAUAAUUUACGAGUUUUUAGCCCGUUGGGUCGGGUUUAAAAGCUUCGAAACGUGGAUUAUGAACGCUGACCUGCAAGAACAGGUGUCGAAAGAGGACGAGAUUGAGGACGGAGAAGACUUCAGUCUCACGGCCAAGAUGAAGAUGGUGAUGGGGGUGUGUCAGACUGUCCAAAACUCUCUGGACUUGGUGGCCAGCUACUGUGAGCGUAUCAAGAAUGUUUUUAAUUGGACUAUUCCCUUUCUCUCGUUCAUGGCAGCUUCAGUACUCAUAUCCGGAACUGUGAUUUUAUACUUCCUCCCCCUGCGGUGGCUGGUCUUAGCUUGGGGUAUUAAUAAGUUGACUGUCAAGUUAAGAAACCCAGAAUACGAAGAAAACCAAGAACUUUUAAAUUUCUUGUGUCGAUUGCCGUCAGAUGUUGAAUUGAAUCAGAUGCGGGUCAUCACUAAAGAAUCGUCCAAAAGAGGGGCAGCAAUAAAUAAGGCAGUGAAAUCGAGGUGGCACAAGUAAUCAACUUUCAGGGCUUUGCUUCGACUGCAAUGCAAUGAUAGAAUUUUGGUUUAAUUUAAUGUGCUUUGUGAUUUUUUAAACAAUAAAUUAGAUUGAUCAAGCAGGAUUUUAGAUUUCAAUUAAACAGAACAAUUUAGACAGGAAUAUGGUUAACGUUGGUUUUUAAGUGCGCUGUCUUCAAUUGAAGUUGUUUGUGAUUUUCGGAAAAUGGUGUUUGUGUUUCGUAGUUUCAGAUUGACUUUUAUUAUUUGUGGAUGGACGUUUUUUCAGACUAUUUUAAUUCAUUAUAAUUUGAUUUUGGAUAGGCUUUAGUGACACAAAUAUUGACAGGGUGCUCCUAAUAUAGGUUUCAUUAUUCGACAUGUAAACGGGUUGGGCUUCGUUCCUUUUUAUUGUCGUUCUUGUCCCUGUUCCUCGACCCUCGCUCAAAUUCCCAAUCUUCCUAGCAAAUGUGGCCAUUUAUAUUAAAUCACAUCCGGAAGGAGCGAGGAUCGAAUGACAGCAGACAAAGACACGCUUUAUAACUAUAUGGUGGGGUUCAUCUGCUGUUAUUUAAAUAUGAUAAAUUAUUAAAUUUCAGUUAAGUUAUUUCUCGGAAAGCCCUCAGAAUCAGAAAUGUAUGAUAGUCUUGAGCUAGUUCAUUUGACCCGAUUUGAUUUGUUUUAAAAUCUGCUUUCAUUUGCGAAGACUUGUUUUUUGAUAACGUUUUUAAUUUAACUUAAUGAUAUAUCUAAUAAUUUUGAGAUUACACCCAAUAAAGUAUGUUCAUGCCUAACUGCCCAAGUUUAGGUAUGCUAUAUGAUUUAAUUGUACGAUCCCUAUUCCGUAAUUAAAUUGGUGGAAUACCGGAGUAAUUUAGACUUAAAUUAAGUUUAUGCAAAAGCUGUUGAUAAAAUAUGGCUUAUCCAAGUCAUAUUGAUGGUAUGUGCCCAGUAAUUCCGUCAAGGCUGUGUUAACUGGCUGAUUUUUUCAUGGAUAUUAGCUAUGGGUUGCUACUUUGACAUAUUAAAGAUUUCAUGAUAUCCUGAUUGCUAUUUGCCAUUGCGAUGAUCAAAAGAAUAUAAUAAAAUUAACAUGCCUUUAAAAAUUCCAAUUAAAUAUUUAUUUACUGCUAAAGACUAAUUGCCAUUAAGUUGUUAAUUGUUGAACUACUCCUUCUAAAUCUUACCUUUAUUUUCAAGGUAAGCUAAAUUUAAAAUAAAAAGGUCGGGUUAUCAAUCUGUUUUUAACGCAUCGUGAUAGGGAAACAGCACUUCAGGAUACUAUCGUACUGUUAAAUGUUUUGUUUAAUGUUCAAAUUUGUUUUUGGGUUGAAAGUGUAUUUAUUGAAUUUGUAGAGUUGAUAUUCCAAUCUGUUGAUUACC